GUCACCAGCCCGGACGCGACACAAUGGCCCUGCGCGAGCUGCCCCCCCGGACGGCCACGGCCCUGUGCCGCCAUGCCAGGCCCACUGCCCGCGCCCUCGCGCCCAUACUGCGCCGCCAUGCCGCGACCGACGCCGCCGCCGCCGUCGAGACGACCGAUUUCGUCGCCGCGCCCACGCCGUCCAGCGACGCCGUCAAGGACUUCGACCCCAUUGCCCGCAGCCGCGCGCGGCGCCGUGGCAAGCAGCAGCUCCCGCCCAGCAGAUACCAGUACCGCGAGCCCAAGUACUACCGCGGCCCGCUGCACCCCCACCAGCCUCUCCCCGUCUCAGACCCGGCGUCGCGACGCUUCCAGCCCGGCCCCUUCACACUGCCGCGCCUCGACCAGACGUACCAGAGCACCAUCGCCCAGGACAUCCUCGCCAUGACCUACCAGCACUACCCGCCCGGCUACCGUGCCCCCAAGGUCGAACAGCGCCUGCGCGAGUGGCAGGGUGACUCGCCGUACUUCAAGGGCCGCCCGCUGCGAGGGCCGCGUGGAAAGGGCGAGGUCCUGCGUCUGCUCCAGGAGCCGCGCACCUUCCGCAACAUUCCCAAGAUCACCAAGGUCGUCGUGCACUCCAUGGUCCCCGAGGCCCAGACGGAGAGCUCCCACCUGCACGUCGCUGGCAUGAUCCUACAGUCCAUCACCAACGUGCGCGUCCAGUCUCACAAGGCGAAGGGGAACGUCCUGGCAUGGAACCUGCGCGAGGGGCGCUACGUCUCCGUCACCGCCACCAUGGAGCGAGAAGAUGCCUCGCACUUCCUCGAGAAGCUCAUUGACGUCGUGCUGCCGAGAAUCAAGGAGUGGAAGGGCGUCCCGGGCUCGUCAGGAGACGGCCACGGCAACAUCAGCUUUGGUCUGACACCAGAGCAGCUUGCCCUCUUCCCGGAGAUCGAGGUCAACUACGACGCAUAUCCACCCAAGAUGAUCCCCGGUUGCCACAUUACCAUCAUCACUGAUGCCACAAGUAACAAGGACGCACGCCUGCUGACACAGGCCAUCGGUCUGCCUUUCUACGGCAAGCUGAACGACUAGAGAAGACCUUUGCCAUACUGUGUAUAAAACCUUGUAACAUCUGUAAGACUUCAAUAGGCUGGUCGCAGGUGUACGUACAUCGCGACUGAGCAAUACAUUUCUCGAAAUUCAUGUUCCAAGUUUCCAUUUUUGCAGCCUUGGCGCGGAUCCUCCCUGUAGGUGGAUGUGAGAGCGUGUUGAUGUGUGUUUUCUCAACGCAUCGUGUUCGCAUCUCGGCCGAUGACGCUUCGAAGGACAUUCUAGCUAAUUAUGGAGUUGACCAUCAACUGUGACCAGAUUCGUCUUUGAGGGGCUGCAAACUGUCACUGUUAAGAAU